UGUCCCUCGGACACAGCGGAUCACAGAAAGAGCCGAAGAUGUCGGCUCGGUCAUGUGAUCAGCUAUGUCCAAUCACAGCUGAUGACAUGUAAACACUGAUCAUCAGGGCACUGAUGAUCAAUGUGCCCUGAUGAUCAGUGUGGCCCCAGAAGUGCCACCUGUCAGUGUCCAUCAGUGCCACGUGCCCAUCAGUGGCACAUACCAGUGCACAUCAAUGCCACAUAUCAGUGCCCAUCUGAGCUGCCUUUCAAUGUCACCCAUCAGUGCAAGUCAGUGCCACCUAUCAAUGCCAAUCAGUGCCACCUAUCAGUGCAAGUCAGUGUCGCCUAUCAGUGCGCAUCAGUGCCAGCAAAUCAG